UUGUGAUUGGCUGAAAUAGAAAACAUCUCAACCAAUCAGCACUUAAUAUUAUGCUGUCCAAUCAGAAACGUCAAACGAUAGGUUUCUAACUAAUUCUUUCUCUUAUCCAAUAAGAAAAGAGGAUUAGAAGCCUCUGAUUUGCAUAACGUAUAUAUAAAAGGAAGCCGCAGUUCGUGUUCUUAUUGUUAAUAUAGACUUCGUUGCCAAGAUGCCGGAACCUGCUAAAUCGGUCCCGGUUUCCAAAAAGGGGUCUAAGAAAGCUGUAACGAAGACACAUAAAAAAGGUGACAAGAAGCGGAAGAAGGUUAGAAAAGAAAGCUAUUCGAUUUAUGUGUACAAAGUUCUGAAGCAAGUUCACCCGGACACUGGCAUUUCCUCAAAGGCGAUGAGUAUUAUGAAUUCUUUUGUGAACGAUGUUUUCGAGCGUAUCGCUGGAGAAGCUACUCGGUUAGCACAUUACAACAAGCGUUCGACUAUCACCUCCCGAGAGAUUCAGACGGCAGUGCGGCUUCUGCUGCCUGGAGAGCUGGCUAAGCACGCUGUGUCUGAAGGCACGAAGGCUGUUACGAAGUACACAAGCUCCAAGUGAGCUGCCGCCCUUGAUUUUAACCCAAAGGCUCUUUUAAGAGCCAC